AUGGCGGCACACCUGUCAGGAACUCGGCUGACAACGUUGCCCAUAGAGGGACUCAGCCAGAUCUCCGAGCUCGAACUGGAGAACGUGCCGACCUUAAAGACUUUGCCGGCAGUUGUCAACUUCGAAAGGAUUAAGUCGGCGAAGCUGACGUACCCAUACCACUGCUGCGCCUUUGAGAAUCCGCACAAGGCAAAUCCGCAAGAAUACAAGCGGCAAUUGGAAAAGCUGAUCGAGCAACAGGAGCGUCUGUGUUUCUCGACAACGUCUACGACCACUGCGCCAUCUGUCGUUACAACAGGCGAUUACAAUCGCGCGAAACGAUCCUUCGAUGGAAUUGGCGGUCCAAGAGGCUUUGGAAAUUUCCAUAGCAACGGCGGUCAAGAUGGGUUGUGGAGCGGCAGCACCGUCGCGUCUAGGUCCAUCGAUGUCGUCUGUCAGAACAUCAACGAGCGACCGCGUGUCAACCGCAUCGCUAAGUGCAUCCCGGAGGCAGACGCCUUCAACCCGUGCGAGGACGUGAUGGGUCCCGACUUGCUGCGCGUCACAGUCUGGGUGGUGAGCAUCACCGCGUUGCUAGGCAACCUCACCGUCAUCGUCGUGCUGCUGAGCAGCCGCUUCAAGAUAUCCGUGUCGAAGUUUCUCAUGUGCAACCUCGCGUUCGCCGACUUCUGCAUGGGCCUCUACCUGCUGAUGCUGGCCGCCGUCGACUCGCACACGCUCGGCGAGUACUUCAACCACGCCAUCUUGUGGCAGCUGGAGGGCGGCUGCCAGGUGGCCGGCUUUCUCACCGUCUUCGCAAGCCAGCUGUCGAUUUUCACGCUGACGAUCAUCACGCUCGAGCGCUGGUGCGCCAUCACGUACGCGCUGCACCUCAACAAGCGGCUGAAGAUCGGCCUCGCGCGCAAGGUGAUGGUUGUCGGCUGGGGCUUCUCCGUCGUCAUGGCAGCGCUGCCGCUGGCCGGCGUCAGCGACUACAGCCGCACGAGCAUCUGCCUGCCAAUGAAGGUGUCGUCGUACGUCGACCUCGGCUACGUGCUCGCGCUGCUCGUCAUCACGAUGAUCGCCUUCGCCGUCAUCUGCUACUGCUACCUGAAGAUGUACUGCUCGAUACGCGGUCACGACGGCAACGCCAACAGCGGAGACGCGACAGUCGCCAAGCGCAUGGCGCUGCUUGUGUUCACUGACUUCGCCUGCUGGGCGCCGAUCGCCUUCUUCGGUCUGACGGCGGCAGGCAGUCUGCCUCUGAUCGGCAUCUCCGAGUCGAAGAUUCUGCUCGUGUUCUUCUACCCGUUAAACUCGUGCUGCAAUCCGUUCCUAUACGCGAUCAUGACGCGUCAGUUCCACCGCGACUUCUUCAUUCUGCUGAGCCGCUACGGGCUGUGCCAGCGGCGCGCGCUCAAGUAUAAGAGCGACGCGUACUCGCAGAACGUGCCGUCGCGCUCCAACAACAGCCAGACGAACAUCAACCGUCACGCCUCUAACGGCUCCAUCCUCACCGAGCUGAUCGCGUUGCGCAGCAGCAAGCGCUCCGGCUCGCUCAAGGGCGAGCCGACGGCGGUGCCUCUCGUAGCCAAAAUGUCGUCGGCGUCGACGACCAAACUGAGCAUCGUGCAGGAGCUGGGCAGCGAGAGCAGCGGCAGCUUUCGCCGGUUGCGGCCGCCAGAGGGCGCCGAAGCCGAGCAGCGCCUUGAGCUGAUAUCGAGCGCGGAGGUGACGAAGUCGGACGGAGAACUUGAGUCGAACGAACUGUUGCCCGCGUGCGCCGACACGAGAGAGAUUGCGGCGCAGCAAGCCGGUGUCAACACGCCGAGCGCCAGUCAUCGUAUCCUGCACGAGAAAGUGUGA